AUGGCGUCACCCAGUCUCUAGUAUCAGAAGUUUGUGCUUUCACCCGGACCAGCAAUCAAGCACCCCUCCUUUGUCUCCGGCUUCCAUCCACUCUCCGCUUCUACACUGUCAGUGACCAAGCCGUCAGGCUGCCCGGCAGCAUCUCCUCCCGAGUUUUAUCUCAGAUGGGGCUGUGUUUCCCAAUCCCUCACUUUUGAGGGACUGUGGCUUUGACCCGCUCAGACCCUCUGGGGGACGGUCUCCCCAAGAAAAGGCCAGGUGCCUGCCUGCCCGCAGGUACAUUUGUGAGACUGUGCUGCUGCGGAUGCCCAGAGACUGCGCGCUGGUGUCAGCUCGCCCCAGAAAAAGUUUGCACAAUCUUGUAGCAGCAGUUUUUCGGGGAUUCUGGUAAAUUGCAACACUUCUGGCACCAGGCUUCACCCUUAACAUCCUUGUUCCAGCGCCAGCGAAUGUAGCCAUUCUCCGGGGUCCACUGGGACCUUUGCUGUGAGGAGGCCACGUAGCCUCCCAGCAGGGUAUCCACCUCUCUCCAUGUGGCCCAAGAACCCCUCGGACAUGCUAUCUGCUGGGGAUUCGUCCUUCCCACCAGAGCACCACCAGUUCCCUGAACUUGAUGUUGUGACUGCAUCUAAACUUCACUCUGCCUCAUCCUUGUGAAAUCUAGAUGGAUGAAAAGGUGUGAGAAUCUGCUGUUGGCUAUGUUCUCCACGGAGCUUUGUUUCUAGCUGUUCUCUGACAAAGGGCUUGUUCUGUGCAGCACAGCUCGUCCUCUUUGUACAGCCUCUGGCUUCAACCACUGAAUCACAAAUAUUCUCCAGCUGGGAAUCAAGCAAGGGCAGACAUGAACCCAGAAGCCCAACAGGAUGUUUCAGUUUCCCAGGGAGUUCGCAUGAUGUUUUACAUGAUGAAGCCCAAUGAAACGUCAUUCCAAACACUGGAAGAGGUACCUGAUUAUGUAAAACAGGCAACUCCAUUUUUCAUUUCCUUAAUGCUUCUUGAACUGGUUGUCAGCUGGAUUCUCAAAGGGAAGGCACCAGGUCGUUUGGAUGAUGCAUUAACAUCAAUGUCAGCCGGCAUUCUUUCUCGGCUUCCAAGUUUGUUUUCCAGAAGCAUCGAACUGACCACAUACAUUUAUAUCUGGGAGAACUACAGUCUCAUCAUUUUGCCUUGGGAUUCUCCAUGGACUUGGUAUUUAACUUUCUUAGGAGUUGAUUUUGGCUACUACUGGUUCCAUCGCAUGGCCCAUGAGGUUAAUAUUAUGUGGGCUGGACACCAAACCCACCACAGUUCUGAAGACUACAACUUAUCCACAGCACUGAGGCAAUCUGUUUUCCAAAUAUAUACUUCCUGGAUAUUCUACUCUCCCUUGGCCCUCUUCAUACCGCCUUCAGUAUAUGCUGUUCAUCUUCAAUUCAAUCUUCUCUACCAAUUUUGGAUCCACACAGAGAUCAUUAAUAACCUUGGUCCUUUGGAACUGAUUCUUAAUACUCCUAGCCAUCAUCGGGUUCAUCAUGGCAGAAACCGUUAUUGCAUUGACAAAAAUUAUGCUGGCGUUCUUAUUAUAUGGGAUAGAAUUUUUGGGACAUUCGAGGCAGAAAAUGAAAAAGUUGUAUAUGGUCUAACGCAUCCCAUUAAUACAUUUGAACCAUUCAUGGUGCAGUGCCACCAUUUAGUUUACAUAUGGACUACAUUCUGGGCCACACCUGGAUUCUUCAAUAAGUUUUCUGUCCUAUUUAAAGGACCAGGAUGGAGUCCAGGUAAACCAAGACUUGGACUAAGUGAAGAAAUCCCAGAGGUCACCGGGAAAGAAGUUCCCUUUUCAUCAUCGGUGUCUCAUCUAUUGAGGAUAUAUGCAGUUGUACAGUUUGCUUUGAUGCUAGCAUUUUAUGAAGAGACCUUCGCAGAUAAAGCUGCACUAUCACAAGUUACCCUCCUUCUGAGGGUUUGCUUCAUUAUUCUGACAUUGACCUCCAUUGGAUUUCUUCUGGAUCAAAGACCUAAGGCAGCUGUACUGGAAACUUUCCGUUGCUUGGUGUUCUUAAUGUUGUGUAGAUUUGGUCAUCUGAAGCCUUUCACUCCUUCUUUGUCAUUUGUUUUAGAGAUUUUUUUUUCCAUCUGCAUUGCUUUCUGGGGAGUCAGAAGCAUAAAACAACUUGCCUCCGGCCCUUGGAAAUAAGUUUGUACUCAAUUCUCUUGUUUCAAUCAGUAAUCCACAACCACAGUAUAUUAUGACUGUCUGUGGAAAUAUAAUUAUCUUAUAUAAUGAUUAUAUGAACCAUUUUUUUAAUGAAAGGUGAAUAUGCUUAUCUGCUUUUGCUUGCUUUCCAUAUGUUAUUUUCUAUUAAAAUUAAAGUGUGCUGCAAUUACUUUCCUUUAUUAAUGGGUUUGAAAACAAGUGAUAUCAAAUACAAUCAUGUUAUAUUCACUUGUAGCAUCUGAGUCAAAGUGUAUGAGAAAAGGAAGGGAGGAAACUUAAAAAGAAUGAAGAUUUCAUUUGCAUUUUUUGACAUUUUCUUUGCUGCAUGCUAAAAUUGUGCUUACAUCAAUAUUUGUUGUCAUAAACAUGUGUUACAUUAGUUGUCUGCAUAAGGCUAUAUUUACCUUUGAAAACCACAUAACCUAAGCAACUACAUUACAGAAAAAGACAUCAUGGAAGUGAAAAUGAGUAGAAUUUAUCAGAAUUUGUUUAUACAACAGAUCAAUACAUAUGUCUAAUAUGUUUGGUCAGUUUGUUUUGGCAAUUUGAAGAGUAUGCAGUCAGACAUCCUUUGUUCUUUGAAAGCUUGUGUUAUGCUUUGCUUUUACGUAUUAUGAAAGACUUCCAUUAGUACCUAUUUUUACUAACUGAAAGAAAUGUUCACUUUUACAAAAAAAAAAAACCCAAAAAAACAAAACCUCAGGUCUUUCGCAAACCUGUAAUUUCAGAAACCUGUGAUUCUCUGUUUCGGGUUUCCCCUGCCACCUGAAAGUAGAGCCUUCCUAUGAAAUCUUUCAUCAGCCAAAAUGGUACAAAUUGAAGAAGCAAUUACCAUUAAUUUAUAUGGAAAACAUUAAAGCAUUCCCAGACCACCCCCCCCAACCGUCCGAAACAUCUCUCAUAGGUUUUUCUGAUACCGUAAGACAUAUCUUGCUAAUGGAUGAACAAAAUAACUCAGAAUAAAGCACAGAUGCUCAGAGACACAGUUCAAAACUAUGGCAGCUUGACACUGACAUGCUGAGUGUGGUUCCGUGGGAAGGAGCCUGGCCCUGCAGCUCUUGCUGCUUGAGAUGUGCACAGCCUCUAUAACUGCUCACUGUGAAACAAACUCUGAGUGUAUUUUUGCUUUUCACCUUUUUUCAUAGAAGCAAAAAUUCUCUUCAUGUUUCUUACAGGUUAGGGAAAAUGGGUACUAAUAUAGGUCUUUUGUAAAAGUGAAGUGGCUUCGUUAAUGCAAAACUUUGAAAAGUAGGAGAUACUUGUAUUUUAAAUAGUCACAAUAAUGUUAAUAAACAUUUCUAAAUAAAUUUA